AAUUUUCUAAAAGACCUUUUAAAAGAGGCUAGAAAGGAAUCCAUCGAUGAAGACAAACUCAUCGAAUACACAGAUACGUUGCUCCAGAUAUUUGACAGCAAUAAAGAUGGAAAACUGCAACUGAGUGAGAUGGCAAAGUUGCUGCCCGUGAAAGAGAACUUCCUUUGCCGAUCUGCUUUUAAGGGUGCAAGUAAAUUGACAAGAGAAGAUAUUGAGAGGGUUUUCAAUCUCUAUGAUCGGGAUGGCAACGGUACAAUAGAAAAUGAAGAACUGAAAGGAUUUCUAAAAGAUCUCUUAGAGCUGGUGAAGAAAGAUUAUGAUGCUCAAGACCUCCAAGAGUUUCAAGAGGCCAUUCUGAGGGGAUGCGAUUUCAAUAAGGAUGGCAAAAUCAACAAAAAGGAGCUAACCAUGAUACUCUUGGCCCUUGCCAAACACUCCCAAGAAGAUGAUGUUAAAUAAGUCGUCGACUCCUCCAACCACUCUUGCCAACAAUCAUUCUACUAUUGUAUUUAAAGAGUCAAAAAGCAAAAGCAGCCUAACUCUGUAAUUUUUUUAUUUGCAUUAUUGUCGCGUUAGGUUACAAAUUAUUCUCUGGCUGCAUCGAACGCGUACCUCUUUCUUUUCUCUAACCUUCAAACGUAAUAAUCCUUUAAAAGACUGCAAAUGAAUGAUUAAUUAUUCGUAGUGACAUCCAGAAACAGUGUAAUACUUAUGACAAGUUUAAAAACUGAAGGCCAUUGAUUUCACAUACGCAUAACUUCCGAUGUUUCCAUAUCAAUAAAAAUUCAAGCAUAUCACAUUUUCUCUAAAAUAAACAAACUUUAAAUUAAACAGUUUUUCUCAUUACAGGAGCAUCUGUUUUUUCAAUUUAUUGAGGUGUGUCCAUUGGGGGCUGUGGAUAAUACCUCAAUGAAGUAUAAAUACGUUUACCUUUUUACUAACUAAAACUUGUUGCUCAGAUGCAAUUAAUAAUAUUGACUUUGGAACUAAUUAUAGUGUUUUAGUCAAAAAUAUUCUCUAAUUUUUUAUCGAGAUACAAAUUUAUAGUAAAAUUCAUUUAUUUAAAAAAACAUUAACAGAGAAUUCGAUGCAUUUAUUCCAGAGAUGCAACUAGUCGCCAUAAGCUUUAAUUUUGAGAAUUACGUUUCAAUGUUUUAAAGUUUGGUAGUAAUAAUCUUCAACGUGAGAAUUUUUUCUAGUAUUUUUUAAACCUACGAAUUCUUUAAAGCUUGCAUUUUUAAUGGUAAAAUAGGAAAUUAGCCAAUUACACAGGUCACUUUUGCACUUUAAGUUGUUGGUUUAAUACCUGUGUUUAAAUAUCUUCUUUACAUAUCCAAAUCGUGUCUUCGGUUUUUAAAUAAAAUUCGUAAACGUGGCUUUCGUAGAUUAAGAAGAUUUAAACUGGAGCAUUAUUACCACAACUCUUUUGGUCAUCCAAAUUUCAUGCAUUAAAUGUCAAUUCGCGCUGUUUUGUUGUGAAAAUAUUCUUUCCCUAAACAUAUAUAAAAUUAUAAUCAAAUUUGCUUGUUAAGGCUUCUGAAUGUUCUAAUUUCGUAUGAUGUCUGAAUUUUAUAUUAGGUAAAAACAAUGCGAAAAAAAUUUGAAUCAUACUAUUCAACAUUAUUUCUUUGUCACGGUUUUAUUUGCAUAUUUCAGAUACUGUAAUUAAUAUUAAAAAAAAAGUCCUGCUUAUUUCAGAAUUUCUUAGCUCAUUAAAUAAUUUUUUUUAAGAUAAAAGAAAAACUUCCCAUUUUGAACUUAUCAAUAGUAAAAUUAACUUUUGAAGUGCAGUUCUAAAACCGGCUACAUUUUUAAAAUCAUCUGCUCUUUAUAUCUUAUUUACAAAAUUAUAUUCAAAAAGAAAAUUCAGCAUUUAUACUUUUCUUAAAUAAGUAAAUUCCUAGGUAUUUCCACAAAAAAUUUUCAAUUUUAAGCUUUUGAGGUAAAGUAUCUUAAGGCAAAUAAUUGUCGAAAAGGGUUUUUUUUUUUUUUUUUUUUUUUUUUUUUUUUUAUUAUUUAUUAUUAUUAUUAUUAUUAUUAUUAUUAUUCAGUGUUACUCAAAUAUUAAUAUGAUUACAUGGAACAAUUUUAAGUUGUAAAGUGAUGAAUGUAUUUUCUUUUUAAAUUGAGAAAUCACAGAUGCUCCUUGACUGAGAAAUAUGACAUAAUCAUAAAUCACACUACUACAAAAUAGUCAUUAAAGGCAUACAAAUGGAUUCAUAGAAUUAAAUGAAUCUUCUUGAAAAUCACAGUAAUAAACUCCUAAAAAUGAACGAUUUGAGAUUUUAAUGCGUUUAAAAAUAAAGGAAUUUAAUACGUUUUCUGCAUUCAAGAAUUAUCUUCGAAGAUAUGUUUAAAAAAAAAAAUAAAUUCUGUUGCUUAUCAAAAAAAAUAGAUAAAUAAGGCUGCAAUUGAAUUCUUAAAACCUCUAAUACCCUGGAAUUAUUUUUUUCCUGUAAAACUUGAAGAAGAAAAUAAAGCCUAUUUAGUUUAUUAAUGGGCCAGCAGUAGCAUCAAAAUAAUAUUGUCAGCAAUGAUUUUAAUUUUUAGUAUUAUAUUUAAGUUAACGUAUGUGAAAAAUGAAGAAACUAUUUCAAAAACAUUCAGAUUUCUUGAUCAUAAAUCGAAUAUUGGAAUUCAGAAAUUAUAUUUCUGUGAAUCUGCAGAACAAUUUGAACUCGAGGAAAAUAAAUGAUGCGAAAGAAAGAGGAUACAUCUCUUACAGGUACGCUUCUUCAUUCAAAUAUUUACCUUUUUGAGUUUUUAAGUUAAUCACGACUAAUGAUAUCAUCAGAAAAAUCUAUUCAUCGUAACCAUAACGAUUCUUCUGCUUGUCCGAGCCUAAAUCUGUAGCACACUGACUGCAGAAUUACAUUAGCAUGAAGAAUCAGUCCUCUUUGGAAAGAUCCUUAGGGAAGGCUGAGGUACUGGGGAGGGGGAGAUAAUCAACGAAAGUCACGUUCUGUACUUAAAAAUAAAGGUAGGUAUUUUCUUGGAGAAAAUGUCCACCCCUCAAAGUAAGACGGACGCGUUAAUAAUUCAGGGGUCGUUAACAAAUAUUUAUUCGUAUUCGACGAGUAGAGGAAGUCUUGAUAAAUGAACGCAAUUGUAUACAUUCUUCCAUCUUACAUUUAGCUUAUUUGUGUAUCAUGAGCAUGUGAGACUAACAUAAAUUUUAGACUAUGAAUUUUGGAAUCAUUUCUAAUGUCUAAGUCUAGUCUAUAUUUGUCAUCAUCUGUUUGGAUAAAUAACUGUAUGGGUUUCAUUAUUCUAGCUGUUUUAUUAGAUAUAGGAAGUACUUAUUCAUUGUCGCACUUUAUAUCAUUUUGAAGGACGUUUUCAAAGUGUACUUUUAAGAUCACUUGAGUGAGAUACACGUUUCGUGCCUACUAUGAAAGAUAACACGGUGCUGUUGCGCUAAAUUUACAGUUAGAAUUUUUCUUGUAGUUGUUUCAAGUCGCCUUCUGAUAUAUUAAGCAUGUUAAACUAUAAUUGAUGUUUAAUUUAUUUAAAUAGGCUUAAUAAAGCGAAAUUUGUAAAAGAA